AUGUCAAGCACGUCUCGCAGCCUAAGCUCCUCCCCCGAUGUUCUUGGCCCUCCAGGCGAUGCCGAAUAUUUGAUCUCGUCUCCGGCGAAACCCUUUGCAGGCCGACAGAGCUGGAUGUCUCCUGCCGUCGCAAGACGUUCACAAACGCCCGCGAAGCGCCCGCGCGCGAGCCUCAGCCCUUCGAAAGGCGGCCACUCGAUCCGCUUCGACGAUGUCAUGCUCCCUGGUUCGCCGACAAUGAAACUGGAUGGUCGCCAACGGUCGCUUUCUCCGGAGAAGAUUCAACAGGACGGAAAUGUGAGCCCGUGGCGUAUACGCGUUACUCUCGAAGCAACGCAGGACGAGGAGAACCAAGUCCAGGCCAGCCCUUCACCCAAACGAAGACGGCCCUCGACCGUGACGACUAUGAUACCAUUGAAGGAUGAACGAAGCCCAUUAAUAGAGAAGACACCCGCGCGAAGGAAAGGCCGACCGCGGAAAUCAGAUACCCACCCGCCGAACGGAUCCCCAUGGCCAGCAAGCCCUGGGAACACACCCGGUCCGAAUGAAGCCAGCGCACAAAAAAGGAAACCGGGCCGACCGCGAAAGAGUACCCCGAAACCGAAGCAACAGGAGCUACUCAUUGCCUCCGAUGCGCCCUCCCCACAAGCUCAAUCCGUGGCGCAUUCGAGUCCGAUGGAUAUGACCGCGGACGUUGCUGUUGAUUCGAGAUCAUGGAUACCGCGACAUAUAACAGAGAAUGAUGGAUUGGACAGUGACUCUUUGAAUGCCGAUGAUUUACCCAUUGCAAACCUCCCUAUGCCACCUUCUGUACAGCGAGAGAGGUGGGAUGAAUACAAUGGCCAUGAUUAUGGAAGAGCUACGUACGAUACUCCUACCAUCGGAGAUGCGGAACAUCAUUUCCAGGAUAAUGAUCAGAACAUACACUCUACUCCUUCUAAGAUGCCAUCACCGACCCGAGAUAGAUUGGCCUCGUCCGCUAGAUCUUCACGUCUCGCUAGAAAUACCUCGUCACCACGCACAUACCCGACGCCUACUCCAACAUCUUCGCUAGACGAUGAGGACAGGACUAGGGAGAGCCCACUGCAUGAAGAACAAGAAGCGGCACAUCAACCUACCUCUGAUUUCGGAGCUGAUCCGACCGACUACCAUGAAGAAUUCGAUUCCAUAAUGGAAAGCGAGGGCUUUACCAUGGUUUCCCUGGAUACGCUACCCUCAGCAAAACAAUAUGGGUUGGGGUCUGGUACCAGAAAUGCUACGGACAAUGCGUCGAAGAUCUUGCGAGAAAGAGAAGAUGGUCGCAUUGGGGAUCGAUUGAAGCGUAAGCUUCCUGGCAUCAAUGGUCUUCGAAGCGACUCUCACAGUUCAGCACGGCCGAGUCCGGUGGCACAAGAGCCCUCCCCCGCGUCAAAAAACAAUUUAUACCCUCAAUUGAAUCAUUUGAACGCGAAACCGCAAAAUUCGCCUGACACAGUAGCCUACCCUGUCAUCCCUCAAAUGUCAUCACCUCAAAAGCCACAUGGUUAUCAAUCCGAUUUAUACGCUAUCGAAGAAAUCGGCAGUGACCCCGAUGAUGCUGAGGAGUAUGGUGAUCAGGCUGAAGAUGUUGAAGAGGAUGAAAUCCAAGAAGAGGAACAGGAUGAAAUCCAAGAAGAGGAACAGGAUGAAAUGGAAAUGUUGGGAGAGGACCAAGAUAAUGAACCUGUUAUACUUGGAUCACCACAACUCUCAACCAAAAGUCCCUUGCGAUAUAGCCCCGCGGAUUUAAGACGAGCCAGAGAAACUCAAUGGCAGUCUGAACGAGAAACUGUCAGUCGACAUGCAGCAGAUCCUAGGAACGCCGAAAGAGUUAUAAGCAUUGAAAGCGACAGGGACGUGUCACAGAGUCAAAAUUAUGACGAUGACGCACCAGAGGAUUUCUCCCAGCCUUAUGCGGAGCCGGCUGUUCAGGAACCGCGAUCAGACGAAGGUUUCGUUGAUGAAGAGUCCUUUGAAGAUGAACAUUUCGAUGAUCACCCCCAGAGUUACAUGUCAAAAAUUGUGUCAGAGCCAUUUCCUUCUCUUGAACAAGACGACAAAUUGGAGGAAGAGCUUUUGGAUGAGGAUAACGAAUCUGUUGAUAUUUGGCAACAAGAGCAAGACCCCAGAUCUGAUCCAGAGGUUGAGCCCGAAACCACAUCAUAUCAGUCCCAUCACCAAAAAAGAGAUGCGGAGCAAGCCCUAUUGGACGACGAGGAAGAAGCCGAGGGAGGAUUCGACGAUAUAUGGCAGCAAGAAGCACGAGAAGAUCAUAGCUAUCUGUCACAGCAUUCGGACGAACGUGUAUCACCCUCGAUUCAAGAAAACCCGAGUCCAUGGAGGAGGAUUGCUAGUUCUUCUGUACAUCAAAAUAACCUCAGCUCAUCUCCGGCUUACGUGACUAUGGAACAUGAUGAUACCCGACACCUGGAUCAAACACAUAUUCGCAAACUCCGUGAUCAACAAGUCGACCUUUCUGCAAUUUUAGCAGAAGAAGAUACGCCAAAUCGCGCUCGUUACUAUAAUGGAACAAGCACGCCGAGGAGUAUCCUCAGACGCCGUCCUGGCGCCCCGUAUUCCCCUCUUCCUCAAUCAGCGAUGAAAUCGGCUUCUUCACGCAAGUCAGAGAAAAGGGUCCGUCUACAACCUAUUUCCCAGAGCCCGGACCCCGUUCUCAGCGCCGAGAAUGAAUCGCCCACAGGGAAACAAUCUCCUGAAUCGGCACCUAUGUCCGAUCGAAUUCAUCGCAAUGGUAGUUUGUCUGGCUCUGAUAUUCAGGCGACCCAGUCUCCUCAUGAGAAGUCUAUGGCUACUCCGGAUCAUUCCCGCCAAGCAACUGUGGAAGGCGAACCUUCAUCUUGGUUCAAGCGAAUCACAAGCUUGACACCUAGGUGGCUUAAAGCCCCCCAAAGGUCUCACUAUGACAGCUCUGAUGAUGACUCCGAGGAUGAACAAGAGCAAUAUCAAAGUGACCAGGAUGAAGAUUUGAACGCUGGAUCGGCACCCCACAGCCGGGAAAGCCUUGUUGGGAUCGAUGUUCUUUCAAGCCCGUCAGAAAGACCGCCUUCGGAACGAAGAGGCGAAUCGGCAGGCUCCCCGCUAGUUAAUGAGGAUGACCAUGUGCCCUUUAUUGAAGAGGAACAAGAACGAUUCGCUGAUCAAGAGGAGCCCAACGAUGACUUGGCACAUGAUCCUGUGGACUUCGUCGAUGAGAACCAUGAUAAGCUAAGGAGACCGAGACCUCUUGCGGUGUUUGGCUAUUUCUCCGAUGCUCACUAUGCAGUCCUUCGGCGUAUCUACCGAAUGGCAAAGAGACAUCCCGAUCGUCUCCCGUACUUCGAUGCGCCCGGUCGUGCUGAGAUUAUCGGUGACUGGAUAUGGACCUCAGAUGGUCAUCAUGGGGUACCUAUUACAGAAGUUCAAUUUGCUAUUAUUGAUCGUUUUGUACAUGAACUUUCUCAUGCGGACAUUGAGUACGGCGGCAGUGGCCAGAUUGAUUGGACUGAAGCCGAUCUGCAUAGAAGACUAAUAAGUGUUAUCAUUGGUGAACAAAUCCGAGAGGAGCGGAGAGCCAAGACGGUCCGAGGGACUUCGGUGGAUACUUGGCGAUGA